CCGAUCACAUCAACCUAGGCACAGGCACAAAGGAGAAAAGGUUGGCACAGACCGAGAGCCACUGCCCCAGGCAACGGACAUGGAGCGCACGAGCUUUCCAGGAUUUACUGGCUCCACUACCUCAGCUACAGAAAAAAUGGUGCAGCUGGACAACCAACAGCCCGUUCACUAAACUGGUGAACAGCGGUGGCUUUUCUACAUCAAGAAAUCCAACUGCAUCUACAAGAAAAAUAACCUCCGCGACAGAGAUCGAGGGCAUGCCGGAGCCGGCAUACUCAGACUCAUCGGCCAGCACCGCAUCUUACCCGUUGACACAUUCAGCACAAAAACAGCGGAAGCUGAGCAGCUGUAACUUGAAGAGAUCCCGCUUCGGAAACCCUUAUUUUGGAUUUUUGACAAGCUCUCCUGACUGUAACCGUCCGAGGCCAUCUGAUUCCUCAAAGCCUUUGAACGGCAGAUCUCCAAGCAACAGCCAAAGCCAGGGAUCGAGAGAACCUCUGGAAGGCGCCAUCCAACUCAAAAGCAAUGGUUCAAAAUCCAAGGAGCUCUCCUUGGAAAUGGACAAGCCCAAAGCAGUUUUUGUGAUUUCUGAAGAAGGGGAUGAUCAACAGCCAUUGGUUUUAGCAGAGCACAUUAACCCAUAUGCAGAUGCUUUACCUGAGCCUAAUGGCAUCCUGCACAAUCUAGGGAUGGCCGCGAUGGAUGAGCGGCCAGUGGGCCUAACUGUGCAAGGAGAAGGCUUUUCUGCGUCCCCCAGCACCAGGAGAGAAUUUGAUCUUUGGGGGCAGUACCCUAGAUUGUACAGAGAUUCCUCCAGUGGCUGCAACGUUUAUGAGGAACAAAACAAUUACACGCCAGUUACAGAACCCAACAACUCUCAUCAGACUUUUGACACCUUAGCCUCUCACACCUUGUGCCAAACUUCAGUUCAGUAACUGUUCCAAAUGUGGUAUCCAAAUUGACAGUGAAUGUUCGAGCUUGCACAACUGGAAGCAAUAAAGACGAUCAGUGUUUCUUUAAGAUGCAAUGGAAGCUGCUUUGCGCAUAAAGGCAGGAAGGUUGCUUAGGCAGCCGGGACCCUGUUAUGGCCGUUGGUCAUGGGUAUGCAGGUGCCCUUUUACAUUGUCGCCUUUCCUACUGACUGGGGCAAGAUCAUACUGCAUGGACUUUUGUAUGACAGCUUACUGAGAGCUUCUAAAGACCAUCUAAUUGGUUCCGGUGAAAAAAGACUCCAGGCUUUCUUACAGUGGGGUUUGAUGUACCAUUUUCUGUUGCCCUAGCAGAAAGAUUAUGGUCAGGGAUGCCAGCAAAAAGGCUCGUAGUUUUUUUUAACAUGGUACUUUGCCAUGGAUCAACCAAAUUCUCUCCCAGGUUGCGGGACAUUUAAACACAGUUCCCAAAUGGAGUUUCAUUGUGCUACACAGUGAGGUGGUCAUGGACAGAAUAUAAAACUGUGUUUAACAGGAAAAUAAUGAAAGGUCAAUGACUAGGUGUACA